AGGGGUUAAGCGUGCUGUGACACUGCAAGGCAUAGGGCUCUGUAGGGAGGACAGAGCUAGAAGGAAGGAUCAGGGCCAGACAGGCAUGGGCAAACCAGGAGGCCACCUGGGGCCCAGACAGAAAGGGAACCCAAAAAUGGUAAUUCUUUUUCAAGAUCCUUCCUCCAGAGAUUCCUUUCCACCUCCUUAGGCCCCACGGUGGUUUCAGUGGGCUGCCGAAUCCUCCAUCCCCUCUCACCUCAAGUUGCCGGGCAGCUACACCACCCCAGAGACAGCUGCAUUUAUUCACCAGAUGACCAAACUGUGAACUGCUGCUGUGAAAACCCCACAGGUCCAUCCUGGAACCAAUUGCAUCUCAGGGCUGGGGAAGCCAUCCCAACACACACAUGCUGUGCAGCUAGUAUUCGCCUGUCUCUCCCCAAAGCUGGGUGUUUUUCAACAUUGGGCAAGCCACCACUUCAGUGAGAGACUCCUCCCAGUUGCCCCACCCCAGAGCUGGCUGCAUUUCCAUGAAGUCAGCUCUUGGGGGCAGGGCCUUUCUUUCAGUCUGUUGAUCUGCAUAGCACCCAGCACACUGGGGACCCGAUCCCAGGUGUCGGAGGGAGAUGUUGGACCUAUGCAGCACCCUGGGGACAAUUCCAGUUGCGGGGCAGGUCACCAAGUGAGGCGUGACGUGAACACAGACGGAAAGUCACCAUGGAGGUGGAAGUCUGGCCUACAGCUACCAGGACAAUGAGGCCAGGGGCCCUGGAUGAGUUUACAGUUCCUGAGGAGGCUCAGUUCAUGGUUACAGAGCAGCGGCCCCACAUUGAGCAGCUCUUUGGUGUGGAGCUCAACAUACUAGGCGUGCUGGGGACCAAGCAAAAUGCUGAAGACACCACCCCAGGAGCCAGGAAGAUCUGGCUGCAGCUGAAGGGAUCCAAGGAGAGUCUGCAGAGAGCAAAGGAUUAUAUCAAAGGUCUCUGCACCCCUGAACUGAGUGAGAAAGUCUCUUAUCCAAAGGACAUGCAGUGUGUCUUUUUAGGGGCUCAAGGUCUUUUCUUGGGCUGUCUCAUCCAAGGGACCUCAGCCAACCUGUUGCUCCUUAGCGCUGGCUCCCUGUUGGUCUCAGGCUUGGCUGAGGCCGUUGUGAUGGCUCAGAGCCGCAUCCAGGAGUUUGUGAAAAAGUAUCAAAACAAUCCCAAGCUUCCCGAAGAACAGGAAACUACUGUCAAAAGGGCCUUCAGGGAACUGGUAGAGUCCCACAAUGACAAGCAUGCCAUGGACCUGCUUAUUUUGCCCACCCCAGUGAAAGAGGAGCUGCUCAGCCUGGUGCGGGAAACACUGGAGGAAGUCAAACAAGGAGAACAAAAGAAUGGGGGCUGGACCCCACUGGCAUUCAAACAAGACUGGCCACUUGGUGGGAAAGCUGAAACCACAGGUAGUUUUAGGCUUCAGGAUCUGACUAACACUCAGGACCACUUUGAUUUUCCCAAAGGCCUCAGUAGGCUACAAGACCAGACUAGGCUACAAGACCAGAUUAGCCUACAAGACUCCAGGCUUGAUCUGUCCACUGGAUUUAACCGAACUGAUUUUCCAGUUAGUCUCAGUAGGCCUGAGGAGGAGACCACUCCAAAACCAGUACUUUACAAGAGGUCUUCUCAACCCUUCCUAGGUUGUAAUGCUAUCCAGCAGUGUCAGGAAGAUUCAUUGUCCCCUGAGCCCCUGGGCUUAGCAGCAGGCAUGAAGGAAUCCCUAAAGGAAAGGCACCCCAGGGAAACCAUCGAGGAGGAGAAGGAAUUGUCAACUGGUAUCAUGUCAUCAUCAUGGACAGAGAAGGAGUUCAAGAUGAGGCUGAACUUUUUCAAGACCAUGGGCUACAAGGAGCAGGUGGUAAAGAAGGUCCUGAUGGAAGGUGGGGUGCGGGAAGCCCCUUCAAGGAUCUUGGGCAAGGUUGAGAGAGAGCAAGCAUCCUCCUCCCAGCAGGAACAUAAUACCAUAUCUCUCCAGGAGCCCAGUGGAAGAGGGGUAUCGCCUCUUCCACAGAUGGAGAUGACCCAAGAUGAGCAUGAGUACCUGGUAGAGGUCAUUAAGGCAGCGGCAGCCAAUUGUGGUCACUCACUCAGCGAGAUCCCGGAUGAAAUCCCACGGGGAGCCCCUUUGGCUGAUUUGCUGAGGAAGCUCAAUGAAAAAGAGGACCACUGGGAGGAAGCUGGGGCUGCAGCUGGACCAGGGCAUAGAAGCAGCCACAAUGAAAGUGAACCAGCCAUUUCAAAUGGCAAGGACUCUCCCCGGGGUCAGCAUCACUGGCAGCCAGGGAGGAAAGCCCACAACAGAUCUCCUUUCCGCAGUGGUGUCCGUGGCCCUCCUCCUCUCCCAGAUGACUCUGCUUUCCCUACAGAGGUAUCCACUGCUGACCUGCCCAUAUUAGAGAACCAGCCAGCUGAAGACAUUUACCCACGCCCGGCAGAGGCACCUACGGGCCAAGUGCCAAUGGUGACCGGAGCACAGCGGUUCAUGGAGGCUAUCCAGAAACCCUUUAAGCUCAACUUGGCCAACACACCAGGGAAAAAAAACCUUCGUAGGAUCAUUAUUGAUGGCAGCAAUGUGGCCAUGGUGCAUGGCUUGUACCAGUUCUUCUCCUGUCGGGGAAUUGCACUGGCAGUGCAGUAUUUCUGGGAUCGUGGACACCGGGAGGUGACAGUCUUUGUGCCACAGUGGAGGAUGGAAAAGGAUGCCAAGGUGAAAGAACAGCACUUUUUAACCCAGCUCCGGGACCUGAGUCUGCUGUCCCUAACACCCUCACGGCAGGUGGCUGGGAAGCGGAUUGUGUCUUAUGAUGACAGGUUCAUGCUCAGGCUGGCAGAGGAGACCAAUGGGAUCAUCGUCACCAAUGACCAACUCCGGGACUUUGUGCAGGAAUCUAAGAAAUGGAUAGGAAUCAUCAAAGAGAGGCUGCUGCAGUAUACCUUUGUGGGCAACAUCUUUAUGGUUCCAGAUGACCCACUAGGCCGAGGGGGUCCCACCUUGGAUGAAUUCCUGAAAAAAACCCAUAGGUCCAAGCCCGUGAAUUGCCACUCUUUUGCAGGCCGAGGGGCUCCCCUGGCCAAACCUGCCCUCUCGGCCUCUCAGACGGAGGUUCUCCAGCUAAAGGACAGGAAGCCCCCAGGGGGGCUUGCCAGAGAGCAGCAGCAGCAUAGGAGAUGGCAGCAGAAGGAAGGGGAGGAGGAAGAAAUAUCCCGGAAACCAGCAGAAACUGAGCGGCUGAGGCAGCAGCUCCUGGAGAUCUUCACAGGACAGCACCAAAGGGUGGAUUUUAUCCUCCACAAGGAGCCCUGCACCCGAGAUCUCAACAAGCUCUCUGAAGCCCUCCUGAGCCUCAGCUUCUGAGAUUGUUGUUCUGGGGAGACAAAUCUAUGCUUCGAGGCCCAAGAGUGCCAUAACCUCCAGUGCCAAAAUCAUGGUUUUUUCUCCAGGUGAGCUGCAGGAUACCAUGUGCGUUUCAGGGGGACUUUCAGUGUUACAUAUCAUGGGCCACUUAAGUUAAAGUACAGUGCUACUGGCUUACAGCAACAACGGCAAACUGUUCUUCCAUAUGGCUGAGCCCACCAGCCUCUCAUCACAGGUCACUGUUUCAGCUUGAACCUAUGACCUUCAAAAUAAGAAAUCAGAGGUAGCUUUGACCAAGUUAGAAGUGAGACUGUUUUAGCCAGUACCCAUUGGUACCCUUCUCUUGGGAUCAGCACUUUACUGAACUCCUGUUAUCAGGGACUGAAUCCAUGACCUUCAGUGCCAAUACCACUGAUUGAGCCAUACCUGGAGCUGCAGGACUAACUGUUGUCUGAUAGCAGGUUGCUGUAUUGUUGCAAGGGCCGUGGCCCAUGAGAAAGAGAAAAAGAAGCCCUCUUGUAAUGUGGGGGAAGCGGGGCUCACAGGGUGAGAGAUCAAGAGGACUAGGAGUGAAGACUUGCAAAUGAGACCAAGAGGACGGGGAAUGAAAAAAGAGAACAACAACACUAACAAGCCCUCCACAGCUGUCUCUCACCCCACUCACUCUAAGAUCAAAUCCAGCAUCUGAGCAAGACUGAACCCAAUAAGCUUGAACCCUUCCCAAGCUCUGCUCUUCUGCACCCUGGAACACUAACUGCUGGGACUGGGCCUACAAAAUAGAGAGAGACAUCUUCCAGCUAUGGGCAAGAAAUUGCUCUAGUAGUUGAAGAGCCCACCCACCAUCCUCAAUCUCCUGGGUGCCAUGAUGAAGAUGGGGGAGGCAGCCCAUGUCAUUCACAAGGGUGUGGACACCUGGGGUGAGCCACUACGUGUUCCCCUGCAAAACCAUUGCCUGGUUCAGAGCCCUUAUUCAAAAAAUUUGUUGCAGUGACUGGCUGGAUCUUAGGACAAACUGUUGAUGGUCUCCAAACUGGAUAUUCAGGCCUGAAUCAAGGAGAUAGAAAGCAAGAAAGCAGGGUUAUCUUCAUCCUGCCUUGCACCUUGGAGUCUUGGUGGGAGGGGAAAGAGAAGCGACCAGCUGGAAAGGCGUGAUUAGAGAAGAUUUGUUUUAUAACGCUCCUCAAGAUCCGCUGGUGUCCCUUCCGCUUCAUUCACCACUCACCCAUCCCAACAUCUGUUGUGGCCUCCGCUGCACCACCCGAGAAAGGACAACCAAUCUUUCACCAGCAGCUGCAUCAUCUGUUUCAGGGAUUUUCUGGAGCCUCGGUAGCUUGUAAGUUUCUCCUUUGAUCCUUGGCAAAGUCCAUGACACUUUGACUUCAAUUCCUACCUCUGCCUGGUCUGCUGCUGCCUUCCUGUUGGGCGACAGAUUCUGCUUCUGCACCUGCAUCAGUCGUGGAGUGUGUCUAGAAUGAGCCAGAGCAAGAAUGAGACCAGGGUCUGCCCUGAGUGUAUCUGACUCAGGGGUUUGAAAUCUGAAAUCUUGUUGCAGGGGAAGACCUAGCCAGCUCUGUUGGCCAGGACUAUAUCCCAUACAUAGCCCCCUGUAUGGGGCCUUGUCCACCACUGGAUGGGGACAAACUGCUGCACUGCUUGUGUUGUACCUCACACACUGACCACCUCUCCCUCCCUUAGCAGCCCCAUCGUCCUUCUCGCCAUCCAUGUCUGUAAACCUGGUGUCUCCUCCAAGAUGUUUCUCCAUCCCACCCCACUUCCUUUACGAUUAUCCCCUUCUUUAGCACCCACCCAACUUCCAUUUUAGAGCCUUUGCCUCUGCUUUGAACCCUAUACUUUCUCUUCGCUAGCACUUUCUCUUGCUCUUCCCUUAACUCUUGUUCACUAUACCAGCUUUCUUCUAUCUGUCUCCUACCUCUCCUUCAACUGGACCAAAAUCCCACUGAGGGACAGCAUCAAAAUGUCCGGCACACCUACAGCCUAGGGAAUGACCUGCUGGGUGGCACGGAAGUGGAAAGGGACCUUGGAGUCCUAGUGGACUCCAAGAUGAACAUGAGUUGGCAGUGUGACGAAGCCAUCAGAAAAGCUAAUGGCACUUUAUCGUGCAUCAGCAGAUGCAUGACGAAUAGGUCCAAAGAGGUGAUACUUCCCCUCUAUCGGGGGCUGGUCAGACCGCAGUUGGAGUACUGCGUGCAAUUCUGGGCGCCGCACUUCAAGAGGGAUGCGGAUAACCUGGAGAGAGUCCAGAGAAGGGCCACUCGUAUGGUUAAGGGCCUGCAGACCAAGUCCUACGAGGAGAGACUAGAUAACCUGGACCUUUUCAGCCUCCGCAAGAGAAGGUUGAGAGGCGACCUUGUGGCUGCCUAUAAGUUCAUCACGGGGGCACAGAAGGGAAUUGGUGAGGAUUUAUUCACCAAGGCGCCCCUGGGGGUUACGAGAAAUAAUGGCCACAAGCUAGUAGAGAGCAGAUUUAGAUUGGACAUGAGGAAGAACUUCUUCACAGUUCGAGUGGCCAAGGUCUGGAACGGGCUCCCAAGGGAGGUGGUGCUCUCCCCUACCCUGGGAGUCUUCAAGAGGAGGUUAGAUGAGCAUCUAGCUGGGGUCAUCUAGACCCAGCACUCUUUCCUGCCUAUGCAGGGGGUUGGACUCGAUGAUCUAUUGAGGUCCCUUCCGACCCUAACGUCUAAGAACCUAUAAAUCUUUGCCUGACCUACCUCACUUGCCCUAUGGAGUCUCCAGCUCCUUUAGUAUCCCACUGAAUUCCUCGGUCCUCACCUUCCCUACAAGGUCCUUCCAAGCCUUCUCCCUUAUUAAUGUUAGUCUCCAUGAGCCUCACUCCUCUCUCAAAAUCUUUGAUCUGAAAGACCAAACCAGUUGCUCUUCCAGCUCUCCUUAAUGCUCUCCCUUUUCCCUUCCCAAUCCCUUCCUUGUGUUCAUCUCACUUUAGCAGUGGGUCUUUCCCAGGCAUUUACUGAGUCUUACCUACCUUUGUAAAUUGAACUGCAGCAUCUGCACAAAUUAUUUUUAUAGCAAAGGUAAUAAAUAGCAGGGUCGGUGAGAUAGAA